GGGACCAAUUCAUUUGGCUUGGUUUCUGUCCCAGGAUGGUCUGUUUCUCCUUGAUGCUUAUGUGAUCUCUGGAUACUUGCUCUCUGAACAUUUCUGCCUUCUUUAAACAAUCGUCUGCUCUAGUUGACACCCUUGAUCAGCCACCAUGUCUAGCUCCAAGCAGCGUCUCAUUCAGGGCAUGCACCAGGACCUCAGCUGUCCCAUCUGCCUCAAGCUCUUCCAGUCGCCUGUGACGACCGAAUGUGGGCACAGCUUCUGCCAGGAUUGCCUGUCCCGAGUGCCCAAGGAAGAGGACGGGAAGUCCACCUCCUGCCCCACCUGCCAGGGGCUCACCAAGGUGGAGCAGCUGCGCAUCAACCAACAGAUGGAGCACCUGGUGGAGGCGUUCAAGCAAGUCCCUCAUGACCACUGCGAGGAGCACCUUGACCCCCUGAGCGUCUACUGUGAGCAGGACCAGCAAGUCAUCUGUGGCGUGUGCGCUUCACUGGGCAAACACAAGGGCCACAACAUCAUCACCGCGGCUGAGGCCCACCAGAGGAUGAAGAAACAACUUCCUCAGCAACAAGUCCAGUUGCAAGAAGCUCAAGUGCGCAAGGAGAAAAUGAUUGCCCUGCUGAACCGGCAAAUAGCAGAAGUAAAUGACACUGUCUCUCGAUUCAAGCAACAGGUAUCUGAGCAGCUGGGAGUAAUGCAUGCCUACCUAGGGGCGCUGGAGGCCUCUCUGGGCCAGGAAGCAGAGCGGGUACAACACCAAGCCACAGACGCCUUGCAGAAUGAACGCAAAACCAUGACUAGCUACCUGAAGCAGCUCAGUCAAAUGGAGGCUGUGUUGGGGGAGGUGGAAAAUGAGCCGCAGACGGAGUUUCUCAGGAAAUACUGUCUAGUGGCCAAGAGAUUGCAGAAGAUUCUUGGAGAGUCCCCACCUGUUGCUCGCAUGGAUAUCCAGUUGCCCAUCAUUUCCGAUGAGUUCAAGUUUCAGGUGUGGCGGAAGAUGUACCACGCACUGAUGCCAGGCUUGGAGAACCUGACCUUUGACCCAGACACUGCUCAAGCCAACCUGGUGGUGUCAGAGGACGGCAAGCGGGUGGAGUGUGUGGAGCACAAGCAGCCGGUGAGCGCAGAUGACCCCCAGCGCUUUGACAAGUCCAACUGCCUGGUGACGCAUCAGAGCUUCUCGCAGGGCGAACAUUACUGGGAGGUGACUGUCAACGACAAGCCGCGCUGGGCUUUGGGUGUCAUCUCUGCCGAAGCCGGGCGAAAGGGCCGCCUGCACGCCACCCCUUCCAACGGUUUCUGGCUAAUGGGCUGCAAGGAAGGCAAGACCUACGAGGCUCAUGUGGAGCAUAAGGAACCACGGCUGCUGAAGCCUGAAGGAAAACCCACCCGUAUUGGCAUCUACCUCAGCUUUGGUGACGGUGUCCUGGCCUUCUAUGAUGCUAGCGAUGAAGAUAACCUGGUGCAGAUGUUCGCUUUCCAUGAGCGCUUCUCAGGCACUGUCUACCCCUUCUUUGAUGUCUGUUGGCACGAUAAGGGCAAAAACAGCCACCCUUUGAUUAUCUACACCCCAGAGCGAGAGGGGUAGUAUAACCAGCUUGUGCCCUGAGCCCCAAGGAGUUCAAAACACCAGCCACAUAUUAGAGUAUAUAGUCACAGUCAGCCACAGCUCCCUGUUUCAAAGACGCCCAACGUAUGCAAAAAAGUUAGCCCCAGAGCAAGCCACAUCCUGCACACACUCCAAAUUGCUGGCCAUUGCAACAUCACACCACAGAAAACCUCUACAUUUUAUUCACAUAACAGUCUGCUUGAGCAGAUGCGUCCCUGCCUUCAGCAUAACCACAGUUGACCACCCGAAACCGAAAUCAUGCCCCAUCUUCUUGGUUUAAAAUAUGAAUGUCCUCUGGCUUACAGUCUGAAGAAUAAAACUGGGAAAUACAUGGACAGUGUUUGCAAACUCCCAAAGAGGAAGAAGGGUUUGGACACAGCCCAAGUGGCGAAUAACCCCACCACCACACAUUUUUUCCUGAGCACAGAAUAAAAUUUCUCCUGGUA